AUGUUUGGCAGGGCAGUCCAAGCAAAGGCCGCCGAGGCCAACAACAACAAUAACAAGUCGAAGCCCGGUGCUUCGUCAAUAACCAAAAACGCUUCCCUGAAGCAGCAACUCUUUCCUUCUAGCAGUCCCGCACGCGCCCCCUCAGUCGGCUCCCAGUCUAGGACAUCAUCCGUCGCCGACAUGUUCAAGAAACCUGGGUUCGGUGGUACCUCUAGCGGUGCCAUUUCCGCCAGUUCAAGACCUUCAGCGACUACCGACCCGUUGACGACUCGACCCGCGAAUAGUGCUCCGCGACCGCCUCCCAACUACGGCAGCAGUGGCGGUGGCAGAGCGUUUGCGUCGCUCUACAACGCUUCUGACUCCUUCAAUGAUACCCCAGAUGUGAUCGACCUUUCCAUGCAAUCAACAAGGCGACCUCAGCAUGAUUUAACGUCGUCGGUAUACAUUGAGGAUGACGAUUUCAGCGAUGACGAGAACCUCGAUUUGGACUUCGAAGCCCCAUCCGCCUUGCCAGUCCUCCCAACUGGGCGAAUAAGCCUCGAACAACAUCGGGAGUUGCAAAAGCAACAGGAGGAGGAAGUGAAGGAAUCUCGGUUCCGCGAGCCCCGCCCAGGGACUCACACCAGUGUUCUUUCUUGGUCGGAGUCUUCGCCAUCCCAUCUUCAACCCCCCAAGCCCGAGCUGAAUCCCCCUCCCAAUACCAACAGGAAACGCGACCGCCUGCAAGACGACGACUUCGAUUUCGAACCGCCCGCCGCUGUAAAGAAACCAAAGCGCGAACUACCUUGGACGAUGGAACCGGAAUCAAAGGAGGAGGAGUGGAAACAUGCCGAAAAAUACUCACAGGAGAAGAGCGGAUAUGCUCCCACGCCGGAAUCGAAGCCCAAGGGGUCCAUGCUAUGGAACACUACGGCAAGCGCGGUCAAGGAACAGAAGAAGCAGCUCAAAGACAGGCAAAAGUCUUCCUCGGUCGCUCCCAAGACGGAAAUACCCAUGGACGAAAUCAAGAAGGUCGUUUCGUCCCAUCUUAACAAGGCGUCAGCCAUUACAUUGAGCGGCGAGCAGCUUCACGUGAAGAGCUUGGUGUCCAUCACCAAGUUUGCGUACAAGACUCCAUCUGUCGCCCAGGCUAUUACGAAGCAGCAGCAGCAGAGAAGAGAGGUGAUUGACAUUGAGGACGAAGAGGAGAGGAUGGCAGGAUAUGGUUGAUGGUCGACUUUAGCGAAUAAGGUUAAUAAAACAAGGUGGAAGGGACAUGAUUACGGCAGCAUCAGGCGGUGUUAUGGUUGAGUUGACUGUU